UAGGUUUGUUGAAACCGUGGACAAUUGGCGAUCGAUGAAGCCGAGUCCAACACAGAGUGCACUCCUGUCUACAUUAUCCUACCAACCACGUCCACAUCGCAGCAGCAAGCUGUCUAUCCCGGCAGCCGACGGGCCCCGCAUAUUUCUCACGAGAGUACGAUUACUUGCAUGAGCGCGACCUUCAUCUCCGCUCAGUGCGCCGGGGCGCUUCGCCAUCCUCCAAAACCGACCACGUCGUGAAUUCCCAGUCGCGAAAAUGCACGCACGCAUUUCGUCCAAUCUUCUCCUAGCGCUCGCGACACUCGCGGGCGUCGUAUGCGCCGAGGACAAGGAGCAACCCGAUAAGACGGUAUCUACCACGUCGUCUGUCAUAACGCCGUGUGUCGCUACCUCGACCAGCGGAUCUUUCUUCGACUUGCGCCCCGACACCGCCGUCGCCGUCGCAGAGGGGGAAAAGGCGCCCAGGGGAAUCCCGGUCGAGGACUAUCUCGCCAAAGGAUGGGACUAUGGCGCAAACUUCACGUUGAACAUAUGCAGCGCUGUUGUCAAGAAGGUUGAUGAUGUGGUUGGGGUGGAGAAGGCGAUGUGGAGGAAUGUCAGCGCCUACUACGAGAGCAAGGGCAAGGUCUACUCUUUAGGGUUUGAAUCGGGUAAGCUCGUUCCUCGCGGCCGAAAGCUGGUCCUCGAAUACACGGGCGGGUCGCCGUGUGGCUCCCCUGAGGACAAGAAGAAGGACAAGCGCAGCGGCAGCGUUCACGACGGGGCGGCAUACAAGUACUAUGGUGACGACGAAGACGACACCUACGAAGUGACCCCUGCAGCCAAAAAGGAGGACGCGAAAGAGGGAACGAAAGACGAGAAAAAAGACAAGGACAACGAAGAGAAGCAGAAAGAAAAAGACAAAGAAAAAGAGAAGGAGAAGAGCCUGCGACACAAAUCAGCCAUCAUAUCGUUCCUCUGCGGCCCCGACCCGGAUACACCGACAGCGGCUUCCUUCGUCGCGACAGACCAAGAUGAAUGUGUCUACUUCUUCGAGGUGCGAUCACAACACGCCUGUGCCACAGCGGAGCCACACACGCCCGGCAGCGUGGGUCCGGGGAGUGUGUUCGCCAUCAUAUUCUUCAUUGCGGUGUUGGUAUACGUGGUCGGUGGUAUCUUCUACCAGCGAACAGUCGCACAUGCUCGGGGCUGGAGACAACUGCCCAACUACAGCAUGUGGGCUGGCAUGUGGAAUUUUGUCAGGGACAUAUUCAUCAUCUUGACAUCAUCUUGCGCACGGUUUUUGCCCAGCCGACGGGGCUAUCGCUCGUUAUCUAUUUCGCCCAACGGAAGGCAGCGCAAUCGAGAGGACGAGAACCGACUGAUUGACCAGCUUGACGAGGAGUGGGACGACUGAUCGGAUUGAUCAGACUGCGUCGUCAAAGAAUUGACGGAAUUAAAUGUAUUACCUUGUUGUGUUAUUCGUACCGAGCUCGUUCUCCUCCGCUCUUCCGCGGAACCUUGUCUUUCGCUCGAUGCUACUUUCGCAUCAUCAUCAAUGCGAGGCGGCUUUCACUGCCGACUUUACCGUUUUAAGGGAUAUCAUUGGGCUGGCGUUUUUCGGGACAGGGCUUGCUCACGGCGGCGGAACCCCGUCUCCGUGCUGGUGUGCAGAUGGACGGCUUUUUGGCUACCUAACGUAUAGAAAAUUCUUGAAUAGACUUGCUCAUCUGUCUCGUU